CUGAGGAAGACGCACUAAAACCAACCCCAGAAGACAGCGAGCGCAGUAAGCGCAGUAAACAUCACGGGACGUUUCGGUCACGACUCUUUCUCUUUUAGAGUCGCCAGCAAUGAAGUCAUCAAACUGUCGCCCCUCCAGAGUGGGUAGAAACCCCUUCGUCCACAAGCUGAAAUUCACCGUGACAGAUAAAAUAAAGAUCGGACUCAUGUCUGUGACGGUGUUCCCAGUGCGGCUGCUGCUGAUGUCCUUCUUCAUGCUGCUGGCGUGGCCCUUCGCCUUCAUAGCCUGCCUGGGACGCUCAGACUCUGCCAUUGAGCCACAGUCGUGGUGGAGGAGGUUUAUAGACGUGUGUCUGCGAGUGGUCUUGCGAGCCAUGUGGUUUUGCGGAGGUUUCCAUUGGAUCAAGGUGAAAGGGGAGCGGGCGGCGCCCUCUGAAGUUCCCAUCCUCACCAUGGCACCACACUCGUCCUACUUCGAUGCCAUCCCAGGCACCAUGACCAUGUGCUCCAUCGUCACCAAACUGGAGAGCAGGAGCAUUCCCAUCUGGGGCACUCUGAUCAACUACCUCAGGCCGGUGUUCGUGUUUCGGUCGGAUCGGGACUCCAGGAGAAAAACUGUUGAGGAAAUCAAGCGGAGAGCCCAGUCUGAAGGGGAGUGGCCUCAGAUCAUGAUAUUCCCAGAGGGGACGUGCACCAACAGGUCGGGUCUCAUCUCGUUCAAGGCUGGUGCUUUCAUACCAGGACUCCCAGUGCAGCCUGUGGUGCUGCGCUACCCAAACAAACUGGAUACUGUUACAUGGACGUGGCAAGGUCCCGGAGCAUUCAAGAUCCUGUGGCUGACGCUGUGCCAACCUCAUAAUCGCGUGGAGAUAGAGUAUUUGCCUAUUUACACUCCAUCAAAUGAGGAGAAGGAAGACCCUGCCCUGUUUGCCAAUAAUGUCAGAAAGCUCAUGGCCAAGGCGCUGGAGCUGCCACUCACAGACCUGUCUUUUGAUGACUGUGAGAUCAGCCUAUCACAAGGCCCGCUCGGCAUAUAUGACUACAGCAGCCUGCUUGAGUUCAACCUGCUGGUGUGCCGCCUGGGGCUGAGAGCGGCGACUACAGAGACGGCGCUGGAGGAGCAGGCCAGGAGAGCCAGAAAGCUGCAGGGAGAGCGGCUGGCUUUAGAGGACUUUGCCCAGUUCCUCAACCUGCCGGUUACAGACACGCUCACACAAGUCCACAGCCUCUUUGACCAGCAUGGAGACGGACGCAUAGACAUCAGACACUAUGUUAUUGCUCUGUCUACCAUUCAUCGACCAUCCGAUUCAAUGAAGACCCUCAAACUGGCCUUCAAGAUGUAUGAGAGCGAGGAAGGCGGGGAAGUCCUAGAGGAAGAGCUCGCCGCCAUCUUGGAAAUCAUGUUAGGAGUGGAAGAGGUGGAACUGUCGGGUUUGUUUUUGUCUCUCGACCGACCUGACACAGAAAAGAUCACAUAUGAUGAACUUCAUCAUUUUAUAGAGCAGCACCCACACUUCAUCCAGCAUUACCUCGAUUUUAAAAACCACCCGCGCAAAUUCUGCUUCGGCCGACCAAAGAGCUGCAACGGCCAGAACGACAACAAAGACGACUGAAGGCUGGACGUAAUCUCUGUUUACCUUCCCCAUCUGAUGUAACAGCAUCACCACAUGCUGCAACUAGCUCACCACCUCUGUGCCUUAAAGUGCAGGUAGACGAGGAGGAGUGACGGAGAGUAACACUGUAGUUCUGUAUGGAUGGAUCAGUGCAGCACGGGUGAUGGAGUCAGAGUCUCUGCUCCAUCAUUAAUCUCAGUUCUCCUCUCAACUUUUAUUUGUCUUCCUUUUUUUUUGUCCCCAUUAUGAUAUUAAGAAACAUGAUUUUCUGCUCUGCAAAUAUUUAUUUCAAGUUUAUUUUCUUAUGUAUGGAAUACAGAUAUUUAAGAAAUUAGCUGAUAAAAGUAGGGGUGUUUUUGUCGUUGAAGGUUAGCACUGUUGUCAGUCUCAGGCACUGCCCAAUCAUGCUGCUUAUCAUUUACAUAGUGUACAUAGAAACCUAAUUCCAGGUGAAAAGGAUCAGGAUGUAGACCAUGCAGGGAUGUUAUCACACCGAACUAUGUGUGGAAUGACGGGUAAAAACAAAAGAUAAAGAUACAAGAAAACACUCCGUACAUCAAGCAGCUGCAUCACUGCCAUAGAUGUACAAACACUGCAAAAAUGUAUUUUGAUUAUUGUUUGAAUACCAAUCAAAUCAACCAACUCAUGUUUUUUUUGUUUUUGUUUUUUUGGUAAUAUGAUGAGUAAUGUUAUAGCUAUUUUCUAAAUUUUAAUGCCCAUUCUCUUUCCCAAAAAUAGUUCUUCUGCAUCUUCGAGGAAGAUUAUUUUAAAACGGUCUCGUUUUUCUAAGAAAAACAUGUAAGAGGAGGCUUGUUAUCCUUCCUUUAGACCUCUGACAGACAGAUAUUACACAUACUGUGACUUCAGUUUCCUAAGCUUGUGCAUAUCGCUGCUGGUUUAAAUAUUGAUCACAGCAGUUUACUACAUAACUUGUGACUGCAACUUUUCUGUAAUGUUUCAUAUCUCAGUUAAAUGCAGAAGUGAAAGCUUCUUGGUUUUAUUUUACAAAUAAAAUG